AUGGCUGACGAGAUACCGGAUUAUGCCAACCUCAAAGUUCUGCAGAGAAACCGUCUUCCAACACGUGCUUACUGGAUCCCAGACACUACAAUUUCCUUGAACGGUGCUUGGGAUUUUCACUAUGCACCCAGCCCGUUAGAAGCGCCCGAAGUCCAGGCUGGCCAGCCGUUGGCCAUCGACAAUACAUGGGAUCGCAUCAAUGUCCCGGGACAUUGGCAGCUUCAAGGACAUGGUCGACCGCACUAUACCAACGUCAUCUAUCCUUUUCCGGUCUGCCCACCUCAUAUACCCACUGAAAACCCAACUGGCACCUACCGACGCACUUUUGGAGUUCCGGGAGGCUGGGAUCAAUCUUCUCAGCUUCGUCUCAGAUUCGAUGGCGUGGACAGCUCCUAUCAUGUCUGGGUCAACGGAACCUUGAUUGGGUACUCUCAAGGCAGCAGAAAUCCUGCAGAAUUCGACGUUAGUUCCGUGGUUAAUCGAGAUGGCGAGAACGAACUCGUGGUGCAGGUUUAUCAGUGGUGUGAAGCCUCAUAUAUUGAGGACCAAGACCAGUGGUGGUUGUCAGGUAUUUUUCGAGAUGUUCACUUGAUUGCUUUUCCUGGGCCAGCUAGGAUUGAAGAUUUCUUUGUCAGGACUGAUUUGGACGACAAUUAUCUCGAUGCUCGGCUGCAGGUCAAGGUUACCACUUCUGGUCUUACGGAUCACAAGAUUGUGGUGACUAUACUAAAUGGUCACAAUGAAGUAGGAAAUGCCGAGCAAAAAGUAGAAGCAGAUACUACAAUGAUCAAUCUUGAGGUGCCGGUCAAGGAGCCUAAGAAAUGGACCGCCGAGACUCCCAACCUAUACAGGCUCAAGCUGUCACUGGUUUCGGCAGAGUCGAAAGAGAUUCAGACAAUUGAGCAAAAUGUCGGAUUUCGAAAGGUUGAGAUCAAGAAAGGGCUGAUAACGGUCAACGGAAAGCCGAUUCUACUUCGCGGUACGAAUCGCCACGAGCACCACCCUGUCUUUGGCAGAGCUGUACCACUAGAUUUCAUCAGAGAAGACCUUUUGCUCAUGAAACGACACAACAUCAAUGCACUCAGAGCAAGCCACUAUCCCAGCCACCCUCGCCUCUACGACCUUGCCGACGAGUUGGGACUCUGGGUGAUGGAUGAGGCUGAUCUAGAAUGCCACGGGUUCUACGAUGCCGUUGCUCGACCACAAGUUAUACCCGAAGAGAUGGACUACGAAGAGCGCAAAACCCUCACGUUUCCCCAAGCCGCCAAAUUCACUUCCGACAACCCAGAAUGGAGAGACGCAUAUGUCGACAGAAUGCAACAAGUCAUCCAGCGUGAUAAGAACCACCCCAGCAUCAUCAUAUGGUCUUUGGGUAAUGAAGCCUUUUACGGAUGCAACCAUGUCGCCAUGUACGAGUAUGCAAAGUCUGUGGAUCCGGAGCGCCCCGUCCAUUACGAAGGUGAUGUCAACGCUGCUAGUGCCGACAUGUAUUCGUACAUGUAUCCCAACAUGGAGCGAUUGACCAAGUGGGUCGAAAAGGCAGGCGUGAAAGAGGACGGAAGCUUUGACAAGCCGGUUGUGCUGUGCGAGUAUGCCCACGCCAUGGGAAAUGGACCUGGAUGGCUCGAAGACUACCAGGACAUGUUUCGAAAGUAUCCUCGACUGCAAGGCGGCUUCAUUUGGGAAUGGGCAAACCACGGUCUUUGGAAUGCGGAAGGAGGCUUCUAUGGCUACGGAGGUGACUUUGGCGACGAACCCAACGACGCAACCUUUGUGAUGGAUGGACUUUGCAACAGUGAACACAAGCCAACCCCUGGUCUUCUCGAGCUGAAGAAGGUGAUUCAGCCGAUCAAGUUUGACUAUGAAGACGGUCAUGUAUUCAUUACAAAUGAGUAUGACUUUGUUGGACUCGAACAUCUUGUCGCCACCUAUCGGAUUGAAUCCUUUGGGGAGAGGGCAUCAUUGCUCGAGGCUGGAGAGCUCACACUUCCCAAGCUCGAAUCCUGGCAACGGGUCGAGCUCUCUUUGCCAUUUGAAUUAGCUUCAUUCAAGAACCAGUCCGAUGAAACUUUCUUCACCAUUGAAGUGACUCUUCGAUCGGCUACCAAUUGGGCCAAUCCAUCGCACGAGAUUGCUUCAUGGCAGGGCAAGAUUUCGGGCCAAUCAGAGACAAGAACCGCCAGUUCUCCAGCAACGAGCCAGAUUUCUGCACAGGACUCGAGAACCACGUUGAAGAUCUCUGGGUCGGGGUGGGAUGUCUCUUUCGACAAAGUCCGAGGUUACCUUACCCAGUGGAACCUUAAUGGUGAAGCUCUCCUUGAGAUUGGUGACAACAAGGCUGCAAUUGUUCCCAGCUUCUGGCGUGCACCAACCGACAAUGAUCGACCUGGAGAUAUUGAUAUUCCGGGUUCUCUGCCAUACUGGAAGCAUUAUGGGCUGGACGACCUGACCUCGCAACUGCGUCACUUUACCUGGAAGCAGGGGACAGACAAGAAUGACGUGGAGAUUGAGGCGCACACAUUCCUGUCCCCGCCGAUACUUGGCUGGGGAUAUAAUGUCCACGUCAAAUAUACGAUAGCAACAACCGGCAAGCUAUUUGUCAAUGUCAAGGUACGACCAACAGGACCCAAGCCCGCAAACAUUCCCCGCCUGGGACUGGACCUGAGACUUCCCAAACGCCUGAGCCACGCCCAGUGGUUUGGGCGCGGACCCGGCGAGUCGUACCCGGACAAGCGACUUGCGCAGAAAAUCGGCAUCUGGUCGAGCACCGUCGAGGAUUUGGAGAUCCCCUACGACGUGCCUCAGGAGAACGGCAACCGCAUGGAGACGCGAUGGCUCAAGCUCGGCAACGACUACGGCAGCGGCAUCAAGGCAACCAUGACGACCGACUCCCAAGUCUUUAGCUGGGCCGCAGGUCGAUAUAGUGCCAAGGCGCUGGAAAAGGCCAAGCACCCCUGCGACUUGGUGCCGGAAGACGCGACGCUGCUGAGCCUGAGUUCUCGGGUGGCUGGUGUCGGCUCGGCGGCGUGUGGGCCGGGUGUUCGUGAAGAUUUGCAGGUCAAGACUGUAGAUGAUGAGUUUGAGUUUGUCCUCGAGGCUAUUCACUCUUGA